AUGCACAUAACGUCCCUCUAUGCAACAUUUGUAUCCCUUAUUCACGACAAAAAUAGCCCAUUGGAAGGUGAGAGGGUGAUAUUAUUCUCAUACGGAAGUGGCUUAAUUUCCACAAUGUUUUCCUUGCAAUUAUGCGAAGCUAAACAUCCAUUUAGCUUGUCAAACCUUUCCCGAGUGAUGGAUGUUGCUGAAAAGUUGAAGUCAAGACAAGAGUUUCCUCCAGAGAAGUUUAUUGAAACACUGAAGCUAAUGGAGCAUAGUUAUGGUGGCAAAGAUUAUGUAUCAGCAAGGAUAGUAGCCUUUUAUAUCCAGGCACAUUCUAUCUCACGGAAGUGUAGGUCGAAUUUGAUGCAUUAA